GAGCUCCUUCCCUACAUCCCGACGAUCUUCGAUGGCAUCUCACGUCUCUUCGCGGAUGUGAACACCGAAGUGCGGCACGCUGCUACAGUCUUGGAUAAGCUGCUGCGGGACAUUGUGACCUCGGCGGCGGCUCAUGGCAAGGACCAGCUGUCGAAGUUUCCCGCAGAGACAUUUGUCCAGCAACUAGGGCAGAGGAUGAGAUUCAAGAACCCGAACAUCCGCCAGUUGUGCCUCGGCUGGACGACGAUGAUCCUCGGCAUCAACGGCAUGGACGCAGUCCGCUAUACGCCCAUCUUCAUCAACGAAGUCUUCGACAUGUUGGCGGAUGCGGACGACCGUCGUGACAGCAGGCACAAUGCCGAUAAUCUCCUGGAUUUGCUCCUGACCCAG